AUGUCAAUCAAGAACAGUAUGUCUAUCAUUAACAGAAAUAUUAAGGUCGCGCUACUUCAAUUCUAUACCGGCUCCGACAAGCAGGCCAACUUGCAGAAAGUGAAGGAAUUUGCGGCAAAGGCUUUUGCGAAAGAGCCAGGUCUUGACUUACUUGUUUUGCCAGAGUGCUUCAACUCUCCAUACGCCGUCGAUCAAUUCAAAAAUUAUUCCGAGCCAAUACCAUCAGGGGAGACAACUAAGUUUCUAUCUGACCUUGCCAAAGAGUAUAAUGUCAAUAUCAUAGGAGGAUCGUUCCCAGAACUUGGCUCCGAUAACAAAAUCUACAACACCUCUCUCACUUUUGAUAAGAGGGGAGAGAUUGUUGCAAAGCACAGAAAGGCUCACUUGUUUGACAUUGACAUUCCUGGCAAAAUGACUUUCAAAGAGUCUAUUUCCUUAGCACCAGGAGACAAAGCCACUGUUUUCCAAUUGGACAAUUUGUGUAAAAUUGGUCUCGGAAUAUGCUACGACAUCAGAUUUCCAGAGCUGGCAAUGAUUGCAGCUAGACAAGGUGCUGGAAUUAUGUGCUACCCGGGAGCUUUCAAUACAGUCACGGGUCCUCGGUUCUGGACAAAGUUUGCUGUCGCUAGAGCUAUUGAUAACCAAGUAUACAUUUUGAUGUGUUCUCCUGCAAGAAACGUUGAAGGUGGUGGCUACCAGGCUUAUGGACACUCCAUGGUGGUUGAUCCAAAUGGGGACGUUCUCGUGGAAGCGGGCCAUGGCGAAGAAAUUGUCUACUGCGAACUGAAACCGGAAGUUCUUGAUGAGGCCAGAAAAAACAUCCCAAUUACCCUGCAGCGCAGAUUUGAUAUCUAUCACGAUGUUUCGAAAGAUGCUGUGGCCAACGCCAUUUAA